UCUGGAUUUUUUUUUUUUUUUUUAUCUUGCAAAUUUUGAGUUAACCUGUUAAAUUAGUAGCUAGUAAAACUAACUAACUAACUAACUAACUAGCUAGACUCUGUAAUGUUCCGUAAAAGAGUUUGGAGGAAGGCUGCUAGUGAAGCUGUGAAAAGGCAUCAAGAUGAGUCCCUCAACACCACCAUGUUCCUCCUGAAGGAAUUUGGGCCGACGGGGUUCCUUCUCCAGGAGGAAGGAGAACCCAAACACUACAAAGUGUUCCUGGGAGAUCUUCAUACCUGCACAUGUGGAACCUUCCACAAAGAGCAGGAUCUCUGCAAACACCUCUGCUGGGUAUUGAUGCGGAAAUUUAGGCUCCCCAGAGAUCAUGAAUACUGCUUCCAGGCAGGACUUGUAGAGAGACAGAUCCUGGAGGUGUUACAGCAUCCGUACAGGACGGACAGCGUCCCAUCAGCCCCUGCACAGGUUUGCUCUAGUGAGGAAGGCGACGAUAUGAUGAGGCAGAAAGACAUUAGAGAUGACGAUAUCUGUCCCAUAUGUCAGGAGGAGCUGCUUAGGAAAAGACUUCCCGUAGCGCAUUGCAGGUUCGGGUGCGGAAACAAUGUCCACGUCUCCUGCAUGAGAUUGUGGGCUGACCAUCAGACCGGUUCCGAGACAGCUGGCAUGGUGAAGUGUCCGCUGUGCCGGGAGAACUUCAGCACCAUGAAGAUGCUUCAAGAGCUGGUGAAAAAUGCGAGUCGACUGUGUACGUCCUCAGAGAGAGAGCGUCUGGAGAAACACCUGGGCAUCCCUUGCAACAGCUGCAGAAUCUGUCCGGUUGUUGGAAAAUGUUUUAAGUGCACGUUGUGCAGUCAUUACCACCUGUGUGAGGACUGCUUCAGGACAAGCUCUCAUCCUCAGCACAGCUUUGCCGUGAGAAUGAAAAGAAAUCAAUCAUGGCAACUGACCGAGGAAAGCAAGACAAGCUCCACCGACCCGGACGCAGUCGUGAAAGCUCAUGUGAACUCGGACGUGGUUCCAGAGCAUGUUUUGAAGAGCUUCCCGGUUAUGCAAGUUCACCGAAGUUCCCGACUUCUGGAACCAGGAAUACAGUGUCGCCUUUGCCUCCAGAGCUUCCACGUGGGCCAGCAGGGUAAAACUCUUCCCUGUCGACACACGUUCCAUUCUGGCUGUAUCAAGACAUGGUUGCAACAUUCCGUUUGCUGCCCCGUGGACUGGCAUGUCAUCUACAACCCUCUCACAUGGAGUGGUAAUGACAGCAAGGUGACUAGCACAGCACCUCCUAUUGGUGGUGCCCAGAAGAAGAUUGCUAAUCAGCAAAACUUUGAGUUGUUCGGUGUUGGCUUGCAGAGGAAAGAGAGAUCUGACGUACCUCAGAGGAGAGAAACGGGUCCAAAGACAUCCUUUCCGAGCUUGUCUUCGUCUCCUGUGGCUGGAACCCAGCAGGGCUUGUUUUUGCGUUUCAGUAAGCAUGACAUUAAAGCCCGACGCGAGUCAAGCUCUCUUCAUGGAUGGAUCAGACCAGUAGGCUUGAAGGGUGACGCUACGGGUGUACAAACACGACGGUCCAGCUGCGGUGGACAUCAAAGCGAUCCUGACUUACAGCCGAGAAUUUUUCAGAUCAGCGCUAACCGUGAAAGGAAGGACUGAUUUAGACAAUCCGCGUCUUCGAGAUUGAACAACA